GUUUUGGAGUGCGCUUUCCGUUGCCCCGUUCAGAUCACGACUGCAGUCCGGGACAUUCACACAGCCGAAAUGGCGAGCGGUAUGACUGCUACAUGUUUGGAGUUUGUGUUUAGGCACAACCCACUCGUACGUGCCACUCAUCAGGGCCCGGCGACAGGACACAGAGGGGCGCUGGGACUCAUUUUUAUGCGCAAAACGGCUCAGAUUGACUCGUCAUGGUCGAAGAGACAAGGGGCUACGUGUUCACACGCAUGCCAAAGGAAGCAGAGUCCGAUUAUCAGGUCAGCUGAUUAGUGAAGACCACAAGAGGCAACGCCUCUGAUUAUUAACCCAUCACACAGUCCCAGCGGCCCCAUUAAAGUCUUUUGGAAAGAGGCUGGAACGCAAGCCGUCGGCAUAUGCGUAAUGCGCCUCAUUUGCUCUUGCUCCUGUAAUUCACAAACCCCGAAAUCGUGCGUGGUUGAAAUGUGAUGACGUGUGUCAAGGAAGAGAAAACGGGCGUAUUUUAAGUGCCUUCAGUUACAAACACCGGGGAAGCUCAUGGUGCACGGGACUAGCUAAAAGCGAUGGAAAACUUCUCAGACGCUGCAAAAUCCGAUUGCGAGAGCUUGCUGCACCGAUUCCAGCGGACCGACUCCGUACGCUAUGAGGAGUUCUCGGCGAUAUGGAGGGACAUGAAAUUCUCCACUGUAUUUUACGGUAAAAUGGCAGCGAACGAGAAGAGGUUUUUCAGCCGCGAGAUCCUGGCCAUUGCCUCGCAUUAUUUCCUCCCUCCAUACAGCUUCCAGAUCCGAGUGGGCAGCCUGUACCUGCUGUAUGGGCUCUACAACACGCAGCUGUGCAGUCCCAAGGAGAAGAUACGGAUUGCACUGAAGGACUGGGACGAGGUGCUGAGGUUUCAGGAGGACGUCACUAGUGCCCAGCACUACGAUGCAGCCUACAUCAUGAGGAGACUGUUUUUAGACAAAGCGUUUUACUUCUGUGCUAUGCCGGAGAUGUUGUGUUACAGAAUGGGUAAGAGACAGCACAAGCACCCCAUCUGUGAGGAGUUCAGGGACAGACCAGCCCGAGUGAAAGACCUCGUUAAUUUGGAAACGCUGGAGGAGGUCCUGAACGUUCACGAACACUACCAUAAAAUGAAGUGUGCGAUCUCAGCCAGUGCCAGCCAGCCCGACAGUUCUUUGAGCCUCAUCCAGCAGGACCUGGUGCCUCAGCUGAAGGACGUUGUUCUGGACUUCCACAACUGGCAGGAGAAGAGGACGAAGCGGGUGAAGCAGUCUGUGAAGACCAACUCGGAAGAGGACAACGAUGCAGAUGCAGGACAAGGAAGCUCACAGCAGGAUGAGUCUUCCAGGAGAGCACAGCUGCUGGCGAGCAUCAAAUCCAAAUCCUAUGGGCAGUUAGUAGAGGUGUCCAAGUCCAGGAGGCACCGCCAGACCGAGAUGGAGUCGUCGGGCUCAGGCAGUGACCAGGGCUCGGCACAGGCUGGCUGUGGGGGCAGGAAGAGGAAGACCCCCCCCUCGCUGAAGGCCAGGAUCGCCAAGGAGGUCUGCAGCAAAGUGGAGCUGAAGGAGGAGGCGACCCCUUUAAGCACCCCGUGGCGUCUCAGCAUCAUCACGGAGAAGGACGAGGAGCUGGAGAAAGUUAAACCACCAACAAAAAGGAGGAAGUUUAAAUGGUGAAGAACGGGACAAGGCGUGAUCCGAGGUGACGGAAGAAGAGCUGGUGAUCCCGGGACUCUGCACUCCUCUGUACCGCAGGAGGGUUUAGGAAAAGGCAGAUCCCAGGUCUGGACUGAGUGUGAAAAGACCUGGUGUGUUGAACACUUUGGUUUGUCAGUAACGAGGAGCUUGUUCUCCAAAGGCAGUUUUGCCACAGUUUUAGCAACACACAACAAAGUGUUGUUUUUUUUUUUGUAACUCAACACACAUUUGCAGGGGAGAGAUUUGAUUUGAGAUUGUGACGUUUAAGGAUGGUCUUGCAGACCUUCGAAGCUGAACCAUGGGGAAUUGAAAUGGGGACUGUGUGAAAAUGGAGAGAGAGAGUUCUUUUGAGGUUACAAACGUUACAUUAAAGUCUGAAGUUGUUUCUUCAA